UUUUAUUUUACAUUUUUCUAUAAUUCAAAGAUCAAAGACAUACCAAAUCACUUUUCAUUGUUUCAAUCCUCCUAAAAAUAGUGCUUGUUCAGAUUUACGUUAGUACAUAUAUCUCAGAAACGUUCACAGCAAUAUAAUUCUGUUUAAUGGUGGUUUUGAAGAGGGAUUCCAUCCAUGAGAUCCUGCGAUAUGCAAGCAAGAAUCGACUUCCAGAAGGCUUAAAGGAACAAAUGCUAGCACAUGUGACGCUUAAGUUCAAAACAGCAGAACUUCAGCAAGAAGAAGUGCUGCAAGACUUGCCAAAGGCAAUCAGAUCUGGCAUCGCUCAUCAUCUCUUCCGCAAUACAGUAGAAAAUUCCUACCUUUUCAAAGGAGUAUCUGAAGACUUUAUUGUUCAGUUGGUUCCAGAGAUGAGAGCAGAAUAUUAUCCCCCCAAAAUGGAUAUUAUCAUACAAAAUGAAAUACCAACAGAUUUCUACAUUAUAGUAUCUGGAGCAGUGGACGUAAUAACACACAAGAAUGGAACUGAACAGUUCCUCUCAAAAUUAAUGUCCCCAAGUAUGCUUGGAGAAAUUGGGGUGAUCUUCAAUAUUCCUCAACCUUUCACAGUUAGAACAAAGAGGCUUUCUCAGGUCAUUCGGAUUAGUCAUAAUCAUUUCAAGCAACUGGUGCAGCCGCUUAGUGAAGAUGGGAAGAUUUUUAUCUCUAAUUUUCUUCAGCAUUUGAGAGGCCUAAAGAAGGAGGAGCUAGAGGAGAUACCAUUUGUAGAAGAAUAUCUGGCUGACUCAAACUUUGAGGCCAUACAAACAAUACAUGAACCACAAAAUUAUGGGGGACUGAACCAAGAAUCAAACAGCAUCCCUACAUUUUAUGCAUCAUCAAGUACAAUUCCUGCAAGGGUCGUACUCCACGGGCAUCAUCCAGACGACAAACAAGAAGAAGAAGAAAAUGGGGGAAAACUAGCACAUCUGCCUGAUUCAAUGGAAGAUCUUCUGACAUUAGCAGAAAGGAAGUUGGGGAAAAGAGGAACCACAGUUCUUAUUGCCGAUGGCUCCCUAGUGGAAGAUUUAAGUGUUUUAAGAGAUAACGAUCACUUAUACAUAUUUUGAGAACAGCCACCUUGAGAAUAUGCUACUACAUGAAAUUAAUAUUUUUCAAUGAGUAUAGAGCAAGAAAAGAACAGGAUGAUGAACCAGAUACUUGUACACAUAAACAAAAUACACAAGCUUGAAAUUUACAAGUCAAGAUUGAAGACAAAUGGCCAACAUUAGAGCUUCAGUUGAGAUCUCUGUUAAGCAUGUU